AUGGCUAGCAAUAGUGAUGAUGGCAGCCAUUGGAAGCAAAAACCUUUGGCUUGUCGUGACCAAAAUGAUGGAGAAGAAGGAGCAGAUGGGAAAGACAUAAAUGGCAAUGGUAUUUUACUAGAGAAGCUAAGCCUUGGUGGCCUAGAUGGAAGAAAAAAACUUCUUGUUCUUGAUCUUGCUGGGAUACUAUGUGUUAGGGUUUUUCAUACAGACAAGGCCAAUAUCCCAGAUAAUCGCACUCCUGAUGCUGCCAACGGAAGCUUUUUUGAUGACUGUACUAAUUCUGGAUUUGGUACUAAGGAAAACAAAAACAAGCCUAUCUUUUUCAAGGAGUUGAAGAAACUGUGGGAAAACAAGUCCUCUAAUCUUCCAUGGAUUAAGGGGACAUUUUUGUCAUCAAACACAUUACUGAUUGAUGAUAAACCUUACAAGGCACUCUUAAAUCCUCCUCACACUGCAAUAUUUCCUACCGAAUACAUGCCAGACCAAAUUGAUGAUGCUACUUUAGGUCCAAAUGGUGAUCUCAGGGCUUACUUGGAUGGCCUGGCAAAAGCAGCAGAUGUUCCUGCAUAUGUUAAGGAACACCCUUUUGGACAGGCUGCUAUAUCAACAAACCAUCCUGACUGGGAUUUCUACUCCGCCAUCAUCGUCCAUUCUAAGGGCAAGGAAUCAUCAGCUUCUGGGGAGUUUACUGUGCUUUGCUUUGCUACUUUUAAUGAUCCAUUUAUGAGUGACCGGAGAGACGAACACAGGAUUGUUGAUGUUAGCCCUUGCAAGGGAUACCAAGUUUUCUUCAUGGGCCAUGGCCUAUUGUGCUUAAGGCCUAUUGUGUCCAGGGGUGAUUACAUUUUGGGUAUGUUGUCGGGUCGAGUCGGGGUUUUUGCACAUAAGCUCACCUUUCAAUCGACAAAUUCGUCUUGA